UGGUGUGUCAGUGAAUCAAGGUUUAAGUCUAGUAUUAGCUAGUAAGAGUGGCUGAAAACACUUCGUAUUCACGCUUCACUAUAAAGCAAACUCUGCGGUUUGCUUUAUAUGAAGUAGAAUGCAGUUUCGGAUGUUAACAUCGAUACCAUACAUACUGUAAGUGUACGAUUCAAAUGAAACGCGCGGGAUACGUUUGGCACAAGCACUAACUAAAAAUAAUAUUUUGAAAGCCCUGAAUUGCAGCAUAUUAUGUUGGUGUGGGAGGUCAAUGGUUCAAAUAAUUUCUCAAAAGUCACGGAAUGUGUCCAAGUGGUACAAACCCAGACGAGACGCAAUUGCCUACAAAAGCCGUGGGCGUCUGGAGCGUUAUAGAAGGCUUCUUCAUUUUUGCAAAAGGACCAGUUUUUGAAGGCGCGAUAAACUGAGAAAAACCUCUUAAAGGGAAAUCUCUCAAGCUACAAUGAAGAUCUCUGCUGUCAAGUGGCUCGGGUUUCUUUUACUUACCUGCAGCGCAAAGAUGAGUAGUCAAGGUAAGAUGCUAAAAAGUGAUUUAACAAGUAUGAUUUCCUAAGAUACAGAAGAUGAUCUAAAUUUGGGUAAGAGAUACGUCAUCGUUGCCUAACCGUGUGACUGCAUCGUUCCUCAAGAACAGUAUGCUGAAGAAAGUAUCUUGCACGCUUGAAUCUUUUUUAAAACUAACUAUAAAAACGCUUAACAGGCGAAACACGAAAUCGUGGUGACGUAACAGAGUUUUACUUAGAGGCAGUGCUCUCGUUUGACAGGAAAACCAGACAAUAGAGAAUGCCCCUGACAGCACACACAGAAAAAUAUGUUUUUUUAUCACACAAGAGAGAAAAUGGGGUUAAAAUUUAAUCUAAUGCGUGUAGAGAAAACAAAACUACAGAUAAGUACUCUUCCAGAAGAAACAAAAUAGCAACGGAAGUACUUCAAGUACUUCUUGUCAGUUCUUUACCGAUAAAGCAGCUCUAAGGUUUUGUUUGCUUCCACCCUAAUAUCAGGGCUGGUAUUAUUAUCAAUUAACAGGGGCACCCAACGUCAAUUUUUGGAAAAUAUCUGUUCGGAAGACGAUUUGAGAUCUAGAAUUUUCGGAAUAUUUGUUGUAAAAUUUCUUGCUUGCCUGCCUCUCCUAGGAUUUUCGAACAAACAAAAAAUGGUAUACUUGCCCAUUUUUAACUAAUUUUUACCCUAAAAAGUUCACCUAGAAUUUUCGGGAGCCUAUUUUCUGGCUAAAAUUGUCGAAAAAGUAAGUUUUGAUCCCUAUAAUUUUCGGAUCACUAGACUUUCAGCUAGGAAAUCCGAACAGCUGAAAAAUUUUUAGGGGGUAAAAAUAUGCCUAUAUCUACCGUUUAAAUACUAAAAUACAUUCAACAAUGCUAUGUUUAAGUGGUUUUGAACUAUAUUCUCGUUGGGUGCCCCUGUUUCAUUGAGGCGGUCUGUGAAAUCACUUCAUGAAUAACAGUACUUUCGAACAGCGACGUUUUUUUUGUUGUUGCUUCGUUUAGACUUUUAGACUGAAAAUGAAUUUUGUAUGUAUUUUAUUUUGGGGUAUGCUAUUGAGAAUGGAAACAAUAAACGUGCUGUUCGGUUACGAAAGGCAUAUCUGAAUCUAAUUUUUUUUUUAAUAGACCAGCACGACUGUAGAAGCACUGUAUGGAAUGGGGGUUUGAGUAGAUAAUCCCUUUAUAUUCGGAGUAUCCAGAAUAUAUAGAAAAUCCAAGACUAUAAGACUGAAGGCGAUCACUAGUAUAGGGUGGUAUAGUGAGUAUAUAAUGACUGAAAAAUCUAAGCUGUUGCAGGCAAGGCUAUAAUAGCAAAAACGUGUCAGACUUUUCCCGUUACGUGUAGCCAUACCGAUUUUAGUACUUUGUAACAUUAGACCGAGUUCAAUGCAGUUUCGUAAACUUCUCCUUAAUAAAGAUGGUUUCAGGCCUGUUCUGAUCGAAAUAAACUCGCCUUUUCAGUUGGUAUUUUGUCUGACAAUCUGAUACAAUGAUAUAUGACGUUCACAUAAGUAUAAGAAUCGCGGAGAAGACCUUCGUUGAAACAACAACAACAACAAAUGCUUUAUUUGCAUGACCAUAAAUGAGUUACAGUAUUGCGAAAGCUAAUAGUCUAAAUUUAAGAACUAAUGCAACUAAUUAGUACGUACAAAACAUUACAAAACGUUACAGUUCUCAUUCAUUCAUUCAUUGAUAUUAAUUUGGUUCUUAAUUCAAAGCAUUGCGAGAUAAAUGAAACUAAUUGACAGUUAAUCAAAUAAUCAGAAGAAUUCAUAAGAAGAGAUAUUAAAGUAUCGUGUGAAAGUGAUUUGAAGUCAGGUAUUUUAGUUCCUAGUUUGGAGAAAAAUGUGUCUCUGAUCUGAGAAUAAGCCUUACAAUCUAGUAAGAAAUGAUUUUCAUCUUCAAUUUUGUUACCUGUACAAAAGUAACGUAUCCUUUCAUCGCGAGGGAUUUUUUCGUAUCUACCUGUUUCAAUUCUAAGUGUGAUGACUACUUAUUCUAAAUCUAACCAAUGCUUUUCUCCAAGGGUUUUUUCUUAUUAAAACAAGGUACGGCGAGGGGCUAUAUUCGUCUUUGAUUGUACAAUAAAAACUGAGUUUUUGUGAUUGUUGAAGGGUCUGAUUCCAGUACGAAACGUGUUUAUUUUUCAUUAUGUCGAUAUACCGAUUAACUAUUGAGUCAGUCAAUGAAUUACAGGAAAAGUCAUAGUUUAGAUCAUAGUACUCAACCAUUUCACAAUAUUAGAGUAAAAGCUAGUUUUUCCGUUAUGCUGAAGGUCAAUUGAAAUUUGUAAGGUCUGUUUAACUAUAGAAUCUUCAUCUUUACCUAUCAGAUAGUCUAAGUAAUUUAGAAUCUUUUUAUUUAUAUCAAUGAUCAUGGGGAAUUUACCGAGUUCAGCUCUACAAGCAAUGUUGGAUGCCUUGUUAUGUACUUGUAAAUAACGUUUACAGAAUUGCAAAUGGGUUUUUUCAAUUGCAGAGCCUGUCCCAGGACUUAAAAUCUGAUUUAACAAAAGCACCCCAAAUUUGACUGUUGUAGGUUAGAAUUGGUGAAAUCAUCGAGUCAAAGCAAGUCAUGGCUUAAGACCAUUCAAAUCCGUGUGCCGCCUUAGGCUGAAGAGCGCAUGGAGAGCUUUUUGUAGGUGUUAAAGCGAAAGUGUAAAAUUUCCGGAAGAUGUGAUGCGAGUUCCUAAGUAAGUAUAGUUUUGGACAACGUCGAUUACUUCAUUGCCUAUGCGGAAGUUAUGUUCACAUUUUCGAGUGCAUCGUUGAAAAAUCAUUAUUUUGGUUUUGUUAGGAUUUAUUCUAAGCAUCCAUGAGUUGCAAAAUGAAGAUAGUACGUUAAGGCAGUUUUGUAGACCAAGUUUGGAUCGCGAUAAUAUUAUCAAAUCAUCUGCGUAAAGGAGAGAGUUGAGUCUGGUGCCAUUUGGUAACACGAAAGGGUCUGAUAAAACAUUGUCAAAUGAGAACGCUAGAUCGUUAAGGUAUGAGUUGAAGAGCAGAGGGCUUAAUGCAGCCUUCCCGCACUCCUCUUGCGUAUUGAAAAGAUCGCGUUUUGUUACUUCCAAUCCUGACAGAGCAGGUAGACUUCGAGUAUAGACUCUUAAUUAGACUAUAAAACUUUCCUUGGACAUUGAUUUUAGAUAACUUAUAGAGAAGCCCAUCAUGCCAAACCGAAUCAAAGGCUUUCCUAAAGUCAACAAAACAUGCAUAUAUUUUCUCCUUGUGACAAUGGACAUAUUUGUCUAUUAAUGUUCGAAGGGUUAGGACAUGAUCUGCUGUUCUAUCAUUCGCUAGAAAACCAAUUUGAGACUUGUGAAGUAUAUUAUUUAAGUCAACGUGCUUUAGAAGUCUCUGAUUGAGAAUUGAACAAAAUAGUUUUCCAAUGCAACUAGAAAUACAAAUUCCACGGUAGGUUGAUGGAUCGCUUUUAGUAGCACAUUUAAAAAUUGGUGUAAUGAGGCCGUCACACCACAUUUGGGGCAUAGUUCCUAAGUCGAGGACCGUGUUAAAUAGUUUUAGAUAAACAGGCAUUACUUCGUUUAAGCUAGAUUUGAUCAUUUCGUUUUUGAUUUUGUCUGAAAAAGAAGAUUUUUUGUUUUUGAGUUUUCCAGCUGCAGUGCGAAUUUCACUUUCAGUAAUGAGGUAAUCCAAGGAGUGAGAUCGUGUUGGAAUAUCCUUUUAAUUCUUCAACUCAUCAAUAACUGCCUCCUGCUGUUCGUUAAGAGGUUCAUUCGAGUGCAGAGAUUGAAAGUGGGACAUCCAUUUUUCUUCAGAAAUUGGAGGGGUGUGGGUUUCCUUCAUAGUGUCGUCCAUUGACUUCAAACAGUUCGAAAAGCCCUUAUUGUUCGAAUUGUCGACCGUAUUUUCAAGUUCACAGAUCUUAUUGCUAUAGUAUUCGUUUCUCUUAUGUUUCAAAAGGUUUUUAUAUUGCUGUAAGACGUUGUGAUACUCUUCCCUGAGGGUAUUGUUUAGAGGAUCUCUGUGUUUUUGAUUAGAAAGUUUCCGCAGUUCAUGUCUUUUAUAGCGGCAUUCUUUGUCGAACCAUUUUUUGUUCGAAGAUAUUUUGCAACGUCGCUUUUUUGCUGUUUUGAUUUUCAAACAUCGUUUUGCGGUUGAAAUAAGAAUAUUUUCUACUGCAUCAAGGUUCAUGUCAACAUUUCUCGUGAUUGUUGUAGUAUUCAUAAAAUUGUGGAUCAUUCUUUGAAUGUCUUCAGACUGUAAUGCAUCUCUAAAUUUUUGUGACGAAUCGUUUUCCCAAAAAAACUGUUUUGGAAGAGGAGUCAAAGAAUCAUUUAUAAUUGUCUCGUUUGAUGAAUCAUUAUCUUAAUGACUAUGAUCUGAUAAACUGUUCGGCUCUUUCACUAUAAAAGAUGUUAUAUUUCGUAGCAAAUCUUGGUCACAUAUGGAGUAAUCAAUGACACUGAUUCCCGAUUUACCAUGAAAUGUAGGUCUGCCCAACGAGUCGCCAUUAAUUCUACCAUUUAAAAUUCUUAAGUCCGCGCUUCUCCAAAUUUCCAAGAGUCGUUUUCCAUGAUUAUUCAAAUCAUUAUCAAAACUUUUUCGUUGGGUGGCGCAUAACGAAGAUUCAGAAAAGUCGUUUGUUAUUAUCUUAUUACCUUCUUGACAAACACUGUGCGGGUGUUUGCCUACUCUGGAGUUGAAGUCUCCACUAUUUAACGUGAAAAGUUACUUGAAGGCCGAUAAGGCGUAGAAUAGAAAAGCAUUUAUCGGCUUCUUAAAAUAAAUAACCCACUAAGGACGAGAUCUGGAAAUCCAAAGAUUUGCUAGACCGCAGCCUAAAAUAGACUUCCUUUAAAUAACCGACCCUACUAGUUUUGAACCUUUCCAAAACUACCAGUUUGUUUGCUUGUCUAAACAUUACCAAGCUUUAACAUUUUCUUUCCUUUUUGUCCCAAUUUAGUGACUCAGGGCUCUGAUUUGAACCUUAGGGUCCACGCGUUGUCUCCUCGCAACUUGCAAAUCACUUGGGACAGACCAUCAACAGAUGAGACCCUGGUUGGCUAUAGCCUCGUUUUCGUUCCAGCACACCAAAGGCGAAGAACACACGUGGAACUGUUUGUAAGUACCAAGGUGUGGAUGUUUUUCUCUCGCUGGGGUAAACAAAAUCCUUCCAACCCUUUCACUAUUAAUAGUAGCUGAAGAAAAAAUCCCGAAAAGGUGAAAUUCUGUCAGUAAUAAAUUUUAACAAAAACCAAAGGAAAUCAGGAAACAGUCUGGCUUCAUGAUCUCCGAAUGAAAGAGAAAGAUCCAAGACUUUCUUCAUUCUUGGACAGAAUAAAAUGGGACAGCAAACCCCCACUCCCCCGAUAUCAAGAAUGAAGCCGCGCGAAAGCCAAGGCUCUCCAUUUUCCCAUCCUUAAUUUUUUUUUGGGGGGGGGAGGGGAGGGGGCGGGUAUAAAUUUGAGACUUGUGUAUAACUGUUUCUACUGUUUUAAACUCAAAUUCAGGCACUUUCUCGACGUUAUUUGUGAACAUUUUACUUUAGGUCGAGGCUAACCCUAUAUAAAUGAGUCUUCAGUGAUUCUAUUCAGCGGCUCCGACGAAUUCGAAAAGAGUAGUAAGACUUUUUCGCUGUGUUUAUGACAGGUGAAUCAAUUUACUUUGACCAAUCUACACCCAGGCAUAAGAUACAGAGUGAAGCUGGCUCCGCUGAUGAAUAAUGGCAAACUGAGAGGAGCAUAUUCAAGUUGGGUCAAUGCUAGGACCCUAGCAGGUGACAAAUUGAAAAAUAUCUAUUUUUUUUCCUACCAAACUAUGAAUAGCGAUUGGCUGAAAUGAAUCGCUGCUUUAUCAUGUCCAACCGAAAUACUACAUAAAAUUCAAUGGUAAAUGGACUCGAGUCCAGCCGUUGAGAAUUCCGUUUGACAUCCUGUCAUCCGGACUCACAAAACGACUGGUGAUUGGACAUUAUCGUGACACGCGAGUUUCUCCAUGCAGGUGUUGGCUACAUUGCGUUGAAAAGUGAUUGGCUAGAGACACAUUACGUUGAUUUUUACUUUUGCUUGUACGAUGCCCAAUUAAAAAUUCACCCUAUUUUAUCGCGGAUGUUGGUCAAAAGAGCUCAGAGACUACUUUCUCCUUGAGGAACUCUUCUCAACAUAGAUUUGUCUUGAUGCUGACAUAUCAUAAUCGUCAGUGUUAUUGCAAAAACUAUAAAGUUUUUUCUAAAAUUUUAGAUUUCCUUGAAAGUGGAUUGUUAUUUCUUUAAGUAGGCAGCACUUUCUUUUAUUCUAUUUUUCUAUUAAUUUGCCCUCUUUUCCUCGAUCGUAACUGCAAAAUUCCAAAGAACUUUUACAUUAAAACGUGACACGAAUGGCCAAUUAUCAGGACGACAAAAGAAUAACAAUACUAGCCACCAUUUUGGAUUAAGGCGUAUUCGAAAAAUGACUAAAUCUUCAUAUUGAAUUUGACAAAACCUACAGGAACUUAAAACCGCGGGGAAAUCAUCCGCUUUUCUAUCGCGAAAUUCAGUAUCACAACGCUUUAGUUUUAUAAGAUUUCUUUCGCUGUAUUUACAUCUAGUCGGAUUUUAGAAAACGGUUACCGUCAAAUAGACCUCUUUCGUCAAGCAUUUUUUGGGCCAAAAAAUAUCCCCAAAGAAGCCAGCCAAUGUAAUACCUAAGACUGCAACCAUUACUUUUUCUCUUUUCAUCCUUUCUUUCUCUCCCAUCUUGCUAUUUUCCUUUCCAAUUCCUUAUUUCCGGCCUUAUCGGACACACACAAAAAAACAGUUUUUUGGCCCUCCCACUCAAAUGGCUACACAUUUUGCAAGGUCCGUUUUCAAAAAUCCGGCUAAACAUACAUUUGUACAAUCCAGUAUGGCAGUUGAUCUGUUAGUUAUGGCUCCUCAUGUAAUGUUCUUUAAUUAGCUUAACUUUCCUCCACUCACACUGAUUUAGUCAUUAUUCGUUGCUGGAAAUUCUACUUUUCGUGGCUGGCUUAGAGCCGUUGGUGCUUAAUACGAGUCUGUAUUUACGUGUAUAUAACCUGAAAUCCGGAGAUGGACACCAUUGGGGGUGGGUUGGGGCUAGGAUUUGCCUACUAAUCAUGGCCAAUAUUUUUCAUAAUUGGUAGAGAAUACGACUGCAGCUGGCCAAAACCCGAACACAUCAAACGGUCUUUCCAGCACAGGGCAAGCUUCAAACAGCAACUGCUCACGCAUCAGUCAGCUCUGUCAAAACAUCGGCUAUAAGUUUACUCAGAUGCCCAACUACUUCAAACAGCAAAAUUACAAUGACGCUGAAUACGAGCUUUCUCAAUUCACACCCAUGAUCCAAUCAAACUGUUCAUCAGUUCUGCAACUGUUCCUCUGUUCCUUGUAUUUCCCUCCAUGCGCGCCCAGACGACAAACCACGCCCCCAUGCCGUUCUGUCUGCAGGGCAGCUAAAGAGAACUGCGAGCCGUGGAUGAAGAAGUCUGGACUCAAGUGGCCCUAUAAGUUUGAAUGCAACACCUUGCCAGAUCCCCAUGAAAAAGCAUGUGUAAGAAGGGAUGGUGCAGUAAUUAAAGGUAAGAACUAGUCAUGAUGUUUUUUAUAAUAUUUGUAGCUCAUAUGAAUCUACAAUCAUGGACAAAAGUCCUGGGACACUUUCGCUGUUCUGGGGCGUUUUCCAAUUCACACAGGUCCAGCCUCUCCCCUCACCCCACAAAAAAUGUUGGACGCGUGUAUCCAGAUUUUUUUUCCGAGUUUCAAUUUUGUAUAGGGUGGGGUGAGGGAUAACUGCAAGAAAAUUUCGAAAAGGAUGCACUGUUUUAAGAGGGAACCGAGAAACGACAGAAAAAUAUGAAUAUUGGAGUACUGUCACAAGGAUUGUAGUUUAUGUCGCAACUUUUAAAAAUACUUAUGCCCUUUUUUUAUGAUUGACGCCACCUUGGUUUGGGAUGAAGGAUGACCAGGACCAGGAAAUAAGGACGUCAACCGGAAGUAACGCCUUCUCCCUUUUUAUAUGCCUUGACUCUAACAAAUUUGAAUUGCUAAGUUUCUUUUCUCUUAUGAAGACGAUUUACCAGAGAGUUUGAACCAAACCAUUGACCAAUGAUACAAAAAGUCCACUUCCGGUUGACACCCGUCGAAUUUUGACCUUUUAAUGAAGUUUAUUAUUCCUCUUUCUUACUUAUACUUCGAAAGUGUUUAUAGACAGAACCAGACUGAGACGGAGCCGAGCUUCCAUUUUCACGGGGAAAGUGUUGUCAAAUGUAUCUAUAAAUAAACGGGUCCAUGAAAACACCUCGAUAUAGGCACGGUAUGAGAGUUGCACAUUUCGAGUUAUUAUGGACUCCUGAUAUACCUAAGUAACCUCAAAGCCCGAGAUGAAUGAUAAUUAUAAGUUUUUCAUCAUUUACAUGGGCAAACCGGUCGGUCCACGGUUUGGGCAAAUGGUAUGAAAAAAUUCAGGAGUGGUAAAUUUCGUCCCAGAGUCGCGUUUACCAUUUGUAUAAAUCACUUACAUUAACCAAAAAACGACCGAAGGGCCUGAAACUGGUAUCAACGAUGGUUUUGAAGAAAUUGAACACAAUUUCCCUUUGGAAUACUCCGUCCAGAAAAACAGGACUACCUUUUAAGAUAUUCUGUUGCUCCCUGAAAUUUUCUGCAGGAACGAAUGUAAGUCGCGUUCCAUUUACUUUUCAAACGUAUUUCCGGAAACGUUUUGUAAAUAGUAAGCAACCUAUCUAUUGUUUGAUUUUUCCUCAAAACUCGAACACUUUUUUACUUAGUUUUAACUGUAAUAUGUCCGUAGUGCCACCACAUUGCCAACCACUCAACUCCACAAUGUGCAAAAACCUUAACUACAUUUACGUCGAAAUGCCAAAUUUCUGGGGAGACAAUACACAAGAAGAAGCCGACGCAAGAAUCCAAGUGUUCUCUCCACUGGUGAAUUCCGGCUGUUCUCAAUCACUGCGAGUUUUUCUGUGUUUGUUGUACUUUCCACCGUGCGUUGUAAAUUUUAGAAAGAUGAUCCCUCCAUGCCGAGAGUUAUGCGAGGACGCGAGACGUGGUUGUAAGCCAGCGUUGGAGGGGGCUGGCUUUCCUUGGCCUGGGAUAAUGAAGUGUUCUCAGUUUCCUUUCUCUGAUAAAAACGAAUCAAACGUUUGUUUAAAACCAGAGACGCAAACAACAAAGGGUAAGAAAUCUUUGUUUUUAUUAUCACAUUAUUAUUAUUAUUAUUAUUAUUAUUAUUAUUAUCAGUUGUAGUUGUCAGGUGCGGAUUCACACCGGUUUCCACCGUUUUACGGAAAUCGGUCACAUUUUUCAUAAUAAACAUACUUUUAAUAAUAGUAAAACUUCCCAAGUUGAAAUCUGGAAAAUGGUCUGGACAAAUGUUUUCUUUUUUGCAGUUUCCGAGCAUUAGAUGCCCCCUCAAUGAAUCAGAAACCUGGGAAAGGGAACUUUAGGGAAUUAAAAUGCCAAAAAAUACCCCUAGAAGCCUGCUCCCUCGGCCCCUCGUUCAGGAAAUCGGUCAGCAUUUAUCCUAGAUCCGCGCCUGGUAGUAGUGGUAGUAGUGGUAGUAGUGGAGUAGGGUAGUAGUAGUAGUGGUAGUAGUGGUAGUAGUGGUAGUAGGUAGUAGUGGUAGUAGUAGUGGUAGUAGUAGUAGUAGUAGUAGUAGUAGUAGUAGUAGUAGUAGUAGUAGUAGUAGUAGUAGUAGUAGUAGUAGUAGUAGUAGUAGUAGGUAGUAGUAGGUAGUAGUAGGUAGUAGUAGGUAGUAGUGGUAGUAGUAGGUAGUAGUAGUAGUAGUGGUGGUAGUGGUAGUGGUAGUGGUAGUGGUAGUGGUAGUGGUAGUGGUAGUGGUAGUGGUAGUAGUAGUAGUAGUAGUAGUAGUAGUAUCACUAACAUCAUCGGCAUUGGUAUCGGUGAAAAUGGUCAAUACCAUUUUCUCUUGAAAAAGAUGAUUUUGCAGUCAGUGAAACAGGCUGCGAAACAGGCUGCUCGGAAGAAAAAAUCCGCGUACUAGAAAUAGGAGUCGAACAUAUGACCUACCAAUGAGCCACAGGAGACUUAUGGAGCUAGCGCCACUAAAUUAAGUAAGUUCUUGUGACAAACUAGUCUCCCUCGCAACCGUUUUUUGGAUGUCACGCGUUGCGUGACAUCCAAAAAACGGUUGCGAGGGAGACUAGUGACAAACAUGCUGCAUCAUGAUACGGACUAGAAUGUCCAUAUGUGCUCAUGCGCAUUGAUAAACUUAUUUUUCUUAUUUCCAAUUCAGUGCCAAACGUUACACAGUCAAGGUCGCAAUGCCAGCCAUUGAAGAUACCGAUGUGCCGAAGCUUGAACUACACCCACACGAUUCUACCAAAUUUCAUGAACCACACAACCCAAGCGGAAGUGAAGAGGGCCUUAAAAGCUUUCAGACCACUGCUCAAAUCUAAAUGUUCCAAUCAACUCAGGAGGUUUGUUUGCUUCCUGUUCGCCCCUUUCUGCGGUACAGACGGAACCCCACUGGCGCUUCCACCCUGUCAAUCAUUCUGCGAGAAGAUCAAGUUGGAUUGCGGUCGAGUAUCUCGGUGGCUGGCUAAUUUAAACUGCAGCAGAUUUCCUACGUUGUCUCGCAAGCGCCUUUGUUUUGGUGACCCGCUGGCCACAAUGGACUGUGUUGGACGUAACAGCAGACCCUGCACAGGUGAGCUUUGUUAAAUCUCUGGGGUCGACACUAAGAAUUCGUCUUAGAGAUGUGUUCGCUUUACUGAGAGACAAUUAAAACACAACCAGUCGAUGGUAGCAAUGACGACCUCGACAUCGACGAUGACAAAGUCGGUAACGUAGCAGGCGGUACUAAUUUCUCACUAAAGUGACCAAUCACAGACCCCUUAAUAACUGAUUAUGGCAACAAUAUCAGAUGCAAUACAUAUCUUCAGACCGGCUGGAGCGGAUCCAGAAAAAUUCAGAAAUGGGUGGCCAGGACACUUGCCAUAUGGAUAUUACAUAUUUUACUGAGAAUUCUUUAAAAAUAGUACUAGGAAAUUUCACAGACCAAAGGAGAGAGUGGCCUGGUCCCCUCGACCAACUUCAAAAUUCAUCUCAAUGUAACUAUAUUUUUAUCCCAUGUAUGGUAAUCCAAGACAGUCUUGGAUUGUGGAUUCCACGAGCGCUGUGGAUUCCGGAUUCAACUACUGUAUUCUAUAUUUGUUGUCCGUAGAACUUGGAUUCCGGAUUACCGCGUUUACGGGAUUCCGGAUUUGUUAAGCUGAAUUCCGGAAUUCAGAAUUUCGAAGCCAAUCAAGUAUUUUGGAUUCCAUAAGCACUGAAAAAUUUCCCAGGUUCCGGAAUCCAGAUGACAUUAAAUGGGGUGAUAUAUUAGUUUAUCUUUUUUUUUCUGCAGUGAUUUCAUCAACCUCUCCAAUCAUCUUAAAAUGCUCCUCGCCAGGCAUUCACUUCACAAUUGAUGCAGUAACCAUUUCCCGCUACAACGGAACCAAUAUAUUCAUGUCUUCAACGGCUGAUGCCCUUCGGCAGUGCAACAGAAGCCAGACACUAGUCGAAGGGAGACACGAAUGUCAGUUCGACGUAAACUAUGAUAAACUUGGAAUCGAUAUGCUUUCAGUGAUCGCUGUUGUUGUAAAAUACCAUUGUCUUUCGGAGUGAUUACAAAAAGCACAGCGUUAAAUGACAAAUUUGUGUUUGCAGCUACUGUAUUGAUGUUGUGGCAAAGCUUUGAUAGAUCGAUUACGCAAGCGAAAUUUGCCAUUGUAAGCACAAGUUUCACAAGCUGCAGAAAGAAAAAGACUGCUACUUACAUGAAUAGUGCUGUUUGUUUUACAACCAUGACGAUGAGUCACAUUUACUGUAGCAAUUUAGAACAAGAACAUCCAAGUGAAAUAGCGGAAACAGUAUUUUCUUCAAGAAAUUUUGGGGUCAAAUUCAAAGAAAAUGGAAGAAUCACUCCUCGCAUAUAUAAUAAGCCAGUUUGAGCAAUCUAUUGACGCGUGGCUGAGGCCGCACUUUACAUAACGGGUGGUGACAGCUCUAAUAAGGGCUGUUUCGGGAGAAAAACAAAUUUAUUCAGGGAAUCUGGAGAUUUUGCCGGGAAUCGGGAAACCUGGGAAAUUUUUCGGAAAAUAUAAGAUAUUUUCGGGACAUUGAGCAAAGAUUUGAUAUUACAUGCUAUCAAACAAUUUAUAUGCACCCUAUGUAUGCCUGUAUUUUAUGAAUUUGACACUUGAAAACAGGUUAACUCCCCAUGAUAUGAAAAGACCAAUCAUCAACGUUUCCAACUAAAAUAGCAUGAACUUGGAGUGCGUUUGACCACGUACAAUCCCCAGCGGAUUGACCCAAGAAUCGUGCCGGUGCGAGGCACAUACUAUCAGUAUACUUAGCUGAAAGUGAUAUCCAGAACAAUUUCAAAAACCGCACAAAAUAUAAAGUAACAUCGACUACUUCUACGCGAAGUCACGCCAAUAACAAUAAGCAUACAAAUGACGAUUUAGGCAACAUUUGGACAGAAUUUGUCCUCUCAGAACACUAGAAAUGGCGUUUCAGAGCACCAAGAUUUCAAAAUUUUCUGGGGGAGCAUGCCCCCAGACCCCCCUAGUGGCUGCCCCCUUCAGCGUUAGCCUGAUUCGUCAGUAUUAAAAAAAACCCACGAUUUUAUACACUUAAGUCGGACAGUCCGUCUGUGUUAACAUGAUACCAUCGGUGUUCAACUCCUCUAAACGAAAAAAUAACAUAGGUUAGAUAAUUCACAAGUUACAUAAUUAACAAGAAGCUGCCAAAAAUCUCUAAUUAAAAUUUCUAAUUUUAAUUGUUAAAACAAUUUUGGGAAGUUAAAGAUUAAACAUGGAGAAUGCCACCGAAAAAUUCGGGAAGGUCAUCCAAAUUUCCGGGAGGACAUAAAGUUAUUCAUAGGACUGCCCAAACAGCCUUUGUUAGAGUUGUCACCCCCCGUUCCUUGGGCAAAUAAAGAAAUCUAAAAAAAUAUAAGCAAGCAAUUACCAAAAACGCAGGCCUCAUGUAUCAUCUGCUUGCACUCUGGAAAUUUACUGGAAGAGCUUUCCUCUUUUAAACGUCACAAAUACACGGAAAUAACAUGCUUGUUCCCUGGGCUCGUUUACAUUUUCUUCAUUUUAUUUUUUUUUCAAACUGUAUUCUCCGUAUUGUCUUCCAGCUCUGACGCCAGCACUUACUUCAAAUUGACACUCCUAUUUUAUUACGCACAGUCAUCUUGAUGUUAAAAUACCUUAAAUAGAUUUUUCUAUGUAGUUAUUGAAUAUAUGACAUAUAUAUGAUAUAUGACAUAUCCACUUAGAAGAGUUAUCACGCACCAGUUUUUGCACUCUCGACAGGUUUAUUCCGUACGCUGUAAACUUGUCAGUACACACUUGAAACACUGAAGACUCCGAGAGAGAGAGAGUCAAAAAAAUCUGGUUACAUUUUCUGUUCUAUCUUGAUGGUGUCCUAGUCUAAAACCGAGUAGCCGCUUAUAUACCAAAAAAUGUCCUCCUGGGAGUUAAUUAACAUUAUGUAACUAGUAAUAGUUGACACUACAGCUGCCCCCGCUCUGUAUAUUGCCCGUUGUGUAGCUCUUUGAAAUUUGCCGAUUCAUAAUGAAGAUGUUCACACAUAUUCCAUAUAAUAGGUGAGAUAAACACAGGAGUUAAACGCAAGGUUCCAUGCACAGUUUCGGUUCGAUUUACACAGCUUUGAUCAAGACAUUCUCAGUUUCGACAACAGUUUAUUCUAAACCAUAAGAAAAUAUUUAAUUAGAAGUUUAAUUUUUCGCUAUUUCUCUUUCACUUUUUACAUUCAGUUCAUUUUAUUUACCGGAAAGGAAGCCUUAGAAAUUAAAAGGACGUUUGAUCAAUUCACACUCGCGGAUUCUAGUCUUAUUUUAAACUUUAUAAUAGUAUAGUAUAGUAUAUCUUUAUCGCGCCUUACUCUCCAAAGGGAGGCAUCGGUCUAGUUACAAUAAAGGUUUUUUCAACUACAACAAAUUUAAAAAGAAAGAAAUAUGAACGGAAACAACAAAAUUAUACGGCAUAUACUAUAUCGAUAAUAAUUAUACUAUAAUUUAAUUACCUAAUCAAUUGGAUUUUUGACUCAGGAACUGUUUUCGUUUUUCAAACAUUAGAUGGGCAUAUUAUAUUUGGCUAUAAUAUGUGAAGUUUUGUCAUUGUCCAGUCUGAGUUAAUACAGCGUUCUAUUAUGAUCUGUUAAAUUGAUGAACGUUGCAUCAUUUUCAGAAAUAUGAAAAUAAAGUUGCUGUCUAAGACUCUCGUAUUCAGUACAAUCAAUUAAGAAAUGCUUCUCGUCUUCUAUGCAGUUUCUUUUGCAAACCAAACAAAGCCUUUCCUCUACUGGUAUAGAAGCUCCUUUAUUUUCAUAUUUCCCUGUUUGUAUACGUAAAGUAUGAACUCCCAAUCGCAGUUUAGUCAUACUGAUUCUAUGAGCUGGAUUUCUAACUAUCUUUAGGUAUUCAGUUCCAAGCGAUAAUCUUUU